AGGAGAUUAGACAUGGUAUCCUUCGUGUGAGGCUCUAAAUGUAGUCUGCCGGUUCUUUUUGUACAAUAGCUUCUCGAAGAGGGAAGCUUUGUGAGUUCGGGGGAAUCCCAUAUUUUCUUUCCCUGAAAGUAAAAGCAAGGCUCCUCCACUAAUACGUCAGAAGGUCAUCAGCGGAAAAGGUCACAGGCAAUGCAACCAAAAUGGCGGCCUCCUUGUGUCAGUGUUACCAGCUGUGUGUCAGAAGAAGUUUGCUUGUCUCCAGUCCUUCAUAUUUGCUCCUACACAACAGACCUCAUGUAUACAGGAUAUGUGGGUCUCUCACAAGUUCUUCACAGGUACGGUAUGCAUCAGACAGGGGAGGUAGCCGAAAAGGCUUCUUUGGGGGGUUCUUGGACAACCUCAAACAGGAGCUCAGCAAGAACAAGGAAAUGAAGGAGAACAUCAAGAAGUUUCGCGAGGAGGCCAAAAAGUUGGAGGAAUCAGAAGCUCUGAAGCAAGCUCGGAGGAAAUAUCAAACCAUAGAGUCUGAAACUGUGAAGACGUCUGAAGUUCUGAAGAAGAAGUUAGGGACCUUCUCAGAGACUGUGAAAGAGGGUCUGGAAGAGGUCAGUCGUACAGAUAUAGGGAGGAAGAUCAAGGAGGGCGUGGAGGAAGCAGCGAAGACAGCCAAGACGUCUGCGGAGUCUGUGUCCAAGAGUGGAGAGAAACUGGGAAAGACUGGUGCCUUCAGGGCAAUAUCUCAGGGUAUAAAGAGUGUGAAGAAGGAGAUUGAUGAUCUUAAUCAGAGUGGGCCCUACCGGGCCCCCAAGAGACUACGGAAGAGGAGUGACUUUUCAUCUAAGGCUGCAGAAAAUGAGAACAAGGUCUUCGAGGCCAAUGAGGAUGCCAUGGGGGUGGUGCUGCACAAGGACUCCAAAUGGUACGCACAGUGGAAGGACUUCAAGGAUAACAACAUGGUUUUUAACAGGUUCUUCGAAAUGAAGAUGAAGUAUGAUGAGAGCGAGAAUGCCCUCGUCAGAGCGUCUCGUGCCGUCACAGAUAAAAUGACCGACAUCCUAGGUGGGCUCUUCUCCAAGACCGAGAUGUCUGAGGUGCUGACAGAGAUUCUGAAGGUGGAUCCAUCAUUCGACAAAGAUGUCUUCCUCAAGCAGUGUGAAUUUGACAUCAUACCCAACGUCCUGGAGGCCAUGAUCCGAGGGGAGCUGGAGGUUCUGAAGGACUGGUGUUAUGAAGCGACUUACAGCCAGCUGGCCCACCCCAUUCAACAGGCCAGGGCUAUGGGCCUGCAGUUCCACUCUAAGAUCCUGGACAUAGACAACAUUGAUCUGGCCAUGGGGAAGAUGAUGGAGCAGGGUCCGGUGCUGAUCAUCACCUUCCAGGCCCAGCUGGUCAUGGUGAUCCGCAACACUAAAGGAGACGUCAUAGAGGGAGACCCUGACAAGGUGCUGAGGAUGAUGUACGUGUGGGCCCUGUGUCGAGACCAAGAGGAGCUGAACCCCUACGCAGCCUGGAGACUCCUGGAUAUCUCUGCCUCCAGCACUGAACAGAUCCUCUGAGAUCAACACACACAUACACCCAGGGCUGGAAGACUGAGGAGAAUAGGAGGCGGGCUGGACGGGAGAGCAUGGAAUUACCACAGGGACAUGAACAAGCAGUGCUGACCAUUUCAGCAACCCAGCUAACUCCUCCUCUAGCAUAGUUUUGGGUGGCCCACUGUGGACUGCUUCUUAUGGCUGCCCCUCAUGUACCAGACUGGCAGUGUUCACAGACCAGGAUAGAGGAGAUCCAGACUGGAUAGACCUGUGUUCCCACUGGGUGACUCUAGGGGCAGUAGUCCACUCAGAGCAGUCGCUCUGUCCUUCUGUCUGUCACACCAUGGUCAGAUAAGUUGAUACUGUCCUCCUCCUCUCCCAGACAUAAUUGUGUUAACUGGAGGAUUGAGGAUAAAGUGAAGGGUGUCUUUAAUGCAUCUCUGUCGAUCCCUUCCUAGUUUGGGGAGGACAUUUUGGAUGCCAUGUGGUCCACCAGUGCCCUAUACACACAUUUGUAUGAUAGCCCAGUCUAAUUAUUGAAUUGAGAAAAUCUAUAUUUAUUAUAUAAAAAAAAAAGCCUCUGCUUCACCUUCAGACAUUUUGUUUGAGGAGUUCUUUUGUACCCAUUGGCUGUAAAAUCUUUAGGCUUGCCUUAAAUAAACUUGGAAAUAUCUGCUGAUAUUUUUGACGGCAAGGUGUUUAUUAUUAAAAACUCAAUGAAUUGGGACUUCAAUGUAUGGCAUGAGCUUCUUUUUUUUUUUUUUUUGAGGACACAAAUCCUAAAAGGUUUUCUGUUGCACCAAAUAUUAACACUAUUGUUUUAGUGUCACUAAUUAGCAUUCAGCCAUUUAGCAUCUGUGAACUUGGUGGUAUGGCACAUAGUAGAUUUGGAAUUCCAUUGUUUUUAUUAAGGCCUCCAAACAACGCCAUGCUACUAAACGGUCCUAACACAAUGGUGCCACACAAGGGGCUAGUCAGACCUCAUUAUUAAUAGAGACAGAUGUUUAUGUACACGUGGAUCCACCACUCUUCUGACAACUCAUUGUAUUGUGAGUUGCUGGUAUGUCAGUGUAUGUCAUACUUGGGUGUUUGUUUUUAUAUCAAGCCCACUUGGCAUAGACCGAAGGCUCCACAUACUGGUGAUUUUUAUGAUGGUAGUUUCUCAUUUACGUCAUGGCCAAAAUGAGUCGACUUAAUAAACUUUUCUGAAUUCCAACCGUG